AUGAGCGGGAUUUUCUUCGACGAGAGCCCGCACCAGUAUGCGGCGGACACAGUCACAUACCUGGAGGAAAUCAACGCCGCUGUGAAGAGUGCGAGCGGGCUGGAUGGGGAGAAGACGAUCAUCCACAACCCCGGCGUCCUCCCGGCCAGCCAACUGCGCCUCAACACGACCGACAUCACCGUCGUCUUCGAGCAGUCCUACACCCACUACGAGGACAGCCAAGAGGCCGAGCUGGACGCCGCGUCUUCCUCCGCAGACCGCGACAGCUGGGCGUACAUCUUCCACAGCGUCCCGGCCAUGAGCAACAGCACGCUCGACACGUUCGUGCACGGGAUCAGCCACAAGGCGGCGUAUCUGUAUGCGACGACGCGGACGAGCCAGUACUACGAGCAUUUUGACGGGCGGCUGGAGGAGUUUUGCGAUGCGGUGCCGACCUAG